AGAGAGAGAGAGAGAGAGAGAGAGAGAGAGAGUAUCUUAAACUAAGUUGAUCUAUUAUUGAUCAAACAUUCCAUAUGUGGUCGACCUUAACACUUAUGCUGUGUUGAGACCAUCGUACGUUUCUAAUGGAAAAAUUUGUAUUUCGUUGAGAAUAAAUAAUUUGAAUAAUUUGCAACGAUAUCAAAUCUUUAAUUCAUUGAAAAAUGCCGAAAAAAAAGAAGGGAAAGGGAAGCAAGUUGGCUCGCAUGAGCGACGAAGAACGCGUUCGCUACCUGCAGCAUCGAGCCGAAUUGGAGCUAGAAGCUAAACGACGUAAACAACAAUUGAUUGCAGCUUUUACCAAGAGUAAGCUGAAACGCGAAGAGGCGUUCGCGCGAUUAAACACUGCCAAGAUCAAUGAACAAUGGCGAUUUAUUCUGCGCCGAAUAAAAUGUAAAGAACUUCACGAAGAUGUGGAAUAUCUUUGGAAUAAUUUCAAUCGUCUGAUGAAGACGAAAAAUCUUAUGAUACAGCGUUUACAUAGUGAGCUAGAAGCAGCCGAUGUCAAUCACCGAAGGCUGCAAGAGGCUCACAUUAAAAUGAUGGACUUGAUAAUUGGAAGAUGUAAACAAAAGUGUAUUGAUCUGCACAAAUCCUUCGCACACGAACGUAACCGUAUAGUUUCGGAUGAAACGAACGAAUUAAAUAGGAUACGAAACAAUUUAGAGCAGUAUUGCAGUCAAUUGCAAAAUAUAAAUUUUGGACAAGAUAAGAAUAUAGAAAAUAUAUUGACGCAAACAAAAAUUCAAAAUGCCAUUAAUAUAUAUGGCAUCGCGUAUUUGGUAUGGAUAUUUUCCUUCUAUUUUUAUUCCUUGUCGCGCUUGAUGCAUUACGGUUCCAAUGAGGUUGAGAAAUUGUGGCGACAACUUAAUGAAAUAAUAACUAAAUAUGAGAAAAAUACGGGAGAUAAGAGAAAACAGUACGAAUACUUGAAAGAGCAGGAUGAUGCUCAUCGUGUAGACGUGGCACAAUAUCCAAAGCUGCAGACACAAUUACAGAGAGUAAUUAAGAGUCUGAAACAGGACACGCACUCAUUAUCGCAGAAGCGGGAGCAAAGUAUAGCGGAACUGAACGAUCAGAUUAUACGUAUGAGAAAGAAAACCGAAAGUUUGAGACAGAUAUUUUCCAUGAAUCAAGUACUAGACACUGCCCAGCUGAAGAAAUUGACUAUUAUCAGCGCUAAUAUUCGAAAAGAAUUGCAGAGGAUUUCAGAAAAAGGCUUGACAGUACUCUCAUUGCUGAGAAUGUGCUCAAAUUUGGAACCGUUCUCGCUGACUGUUCAAAAAUAUACUUUACGCGAUACGGGUUCCAGGAGGGCUUUUACGAGUUGCAUGUCAGAACCGUUUGAUAAAUUGGACAAAUUUUGGGAACAAUUCAAUUACAUUAAAUCCGAUAAUAUCUUCAUGAAAAAAGAAUGUGAUAAACUGUCUUUCGAGAACAAACAAUUGAGAAACACUCUGCGCACAUAUCUCUUAACCAUUUCUAAAGCUCAGAUCGCACGACCACUCACGUCUAUUUCUGUAUAAAUAUACUUACUUCAAA